AUGCCCAGGGCCUCGCACCUCUGCCGUGCCCAGGGCGGCUCCCCGCCAGACCCGACCGACGACAGGUACCUCCAGAUGCGCGCCGAGGUCCAGGCGCCCUUCCGGUCCCUCCGCAUCGUCAUCUUCGGGUUCUCGUGCGCCUCCGUCGCCACGGGCACCCUCAUCGCCCUCACGCAGCUCGUCGGCGCGCUAGCGGGCUCCGCCGCCGCAGUCGGCACCGUCGAGAGCUGCGCGCAGACCCUCGCGAUCGACGUCGCGGGCCUCGUGCUCUUCGCGACGCUCCUCCGCCGGGACCUCAAGGCUCGCGACGCACAGAUGGUUCGCCUCGCGCGUGAGGAACGCCUCGGGGCGCUCAGGGUCGAGCUGCCGUCCGGGACGAUGCGGCGGAUGUCCGAGCUGCGCGGGUUCGCGCGCCCCGUCGUCGUUGCCGGCACGCCCGAGCACGUGCGCGCGGCGCUGGAGGCGGCGGGGCCGUUCCGCGCGAAGAUGGCCGAGCGCGGGAUCACGGUCGUCGCGCUGCCGUGCUUCGGAGACACGCAGGACCCGCGGGAGCUCCUCGCGUCGAUCCCGGAGCCCGAGGAGGCGCCCGAGGCGCCCCCGGCGCCCGCGCAGGGCAAGGGCGGCGAGCGGCCAUGGGCGGUGGCGGCGUCGCGCACGGGAGAGUGGAAGUCCUGGGUCGUGGACCAGCUCGCGCAGGCGGGGAAGACGGAGGCGGAGGCGGGGGAGCGCGGGAUCUUCAUCGGCCUCCGGAUGGACGGGCGCGUGCGCUCGAGCGGCCUGGGGAACCCCCCGUGGGCGAGGUACUGUGCGGAGCUCGCGCCGCCGAAAGGGCUGUUCGGAGGCCUCGGGGACGGCUUUGAUGGCUCGGUGCGGAUCGACUGA